AUGGCUGCCGGGGAGGACGAGGAAGAAGUGGCUCGGGACAAUUCAGCUGCUGAUGAUGGCAUGGAUGACCCGAAACUGCAAACGAUGACACCGAAAGAGUUCAUCGAUACGAUCGCGAAAGAGGGCGAGCAGGUAUCGGAUAUCAGCGAGAUAUCAAAUUCAUAUUCAAUGAGUGCAUUCGCCAAAUGCUUAUGGACAUACUUUCAGCUGAUUAUUAAAUGGCAUAAAAUGAUAAUAAAGAAUCCACCAAAGGUUGACGCAUUCUUAGACCCGGCGAAUACAGCAAAGAAUCGUUUUCCAAACAUUUUAUUGUAUGAUCGAUCAAGAGUGAAGUUGAAAGAUAACCUUGGAGGAGAUUAUUAUCACGCAUCUUUUGUUGAUUCUUACGAUAAAAUCGAUGGUUAUAUUCUGGCACAAGCUCCGUUCGACGAUGACACGGAAUCGGAUUUUUGGAGGAUGAUUUAUCAAGAGAGGCCAAAAUUGAUCGUCAUUCUAUCAACACUGGACGCUCCAGAUGGCCGUAAACUGAUGCGCAGUUUUUGGCCUCGUGCAGUAAGGGAGGAACGACCUUCGGCAAACGGCUAUCUUAUGGUGAGAAACAAUUCAAUUGAUGAGGUAUGCAUUAUGCGUGCCAUCGAUUUGCGUUGGAAACCAUCGCAGUGGCAAGCAUGCAAAAAGGGCAAAAUCUGCUAUUCGUUCGGUAGCCACCAACCGUCAGACCACUUGGCCCUGGAGGAGAAUAGCGAUGCCUACAAUAUCUUGGUUAUGGGACCUUUCCAACGAGGUAAAUCCGGUCAUCGAGCAACGCUUAUACACUACAAAAAAUGGAUCGAAGAUAAAGUUAUCCCUGAUAGUCUACUCGAAUUCAGGGCAACGGUGAAGCUGGAGGCAACAAGAGCAAUGAAAGAUGGUCGUGAGGGUGCCAUUUGUUUGGUGUGUCCAUCCGGUGUGCAUCGAUGUGGCACGUUCGCUGUGCUUGAUAUCAUCCUGGAUCGUUUGGCAAACGAACGAAAGGUUUAUUCAAUUGAUGAUGAUGAUGACAUUUUUGUGCAAAAUUCCUUAUCAGAACAAUUUCAGGUAGGACUUCUUGAAACGGUGACAAUUGUAAGGAAGCAACGUUACGGGUGCUUAACUCAUUUCGCACAUUACAAUCAUAUAGCUGAUUUGGUGACACGCCAAGCGAUUUCAUCCGGAGUGGUUGAUGCGUCAUGUAUCGGAACUAGAAAGAAAUAA